GAAAUGAUCAAGGUACAUAUAUGUAUAUAUAUAUAUUACACGUUUCAUGUCUGUAAGUAUAGAGACCAAAAAUUUCUGAAACUCGUAUUUUUAUAGAUCAAUAAAAAUGGCAUUUACUUUAUGGUCACUUUACGAAGCUACUCUGUUAUGUUUAAAUGCUAUUUGUGUGCUAAACGAAGAAAGAUUUCUUGUUAAAAUUGGAUGGGCCUCAUGGCAAAACGUACAAGGAUUUGGUGAACCACCUACAGUUAAAUCACAGAUGUUAAACCUUAUUAGAUCUGUAAGAACAGUUGCGAAAGUUCCAUUAAUAGCUCUUAAUAUUUUAACAAUAAUUGUGAAGAUGGUUCUCGGUUGAAAAAAGAAAUCAUGUAUACAGCUACUUCAAUGUUAUUGCUGAAUUAAAAAUUAGCCAUCACAGCUGUUUAUGUAAUCAAAUCAUAUAUAUAUAUAUAUGUAUAUAUAUAUAUAUAUAUAUAUAUAUAUAUAUAUGUUUACUUUCUAUAUUAUUUUUUACAUUAAAAAUUAAAUCAUCAUAAUAGACAGAAAUACAUUUUAUUGUAAACGUAAGAAUAGGUGUAAACAUAUUUAUAAAAUUACCAAAAUAAAUUAAUGCACAGGAAAGAAAAAAAUAAAUGAUCACCGUGAUGAAAGAUACAAACAGAAACAAAAUAAGCUAUGAUUUGAAUUUUCAAGAUUUCAUCCAUAUGUUAUAUUAAUUCAAGCUAAAUAUAUAGCGAAAUUUUACGAUAUAUUUUACUUUCGAAUGAACAAAUGUCUAUUUAUACUCCAUAUAAUUAGAUACUUCUGUGUCUUCGUUAAAAGAUAUAUUGUAACCUAUGAUAAAUUAGAUCAGUGAAAUAUCUCGGUGUACCGUGGGAAAAUUUUUGAAGCUGAAUGAUAGCCGAAUUCGUAAGAUCUCCUUUCACUUUUUUAAGUAUGCCAAUUAUUGUUUAUAUGUUAAGCAAAUCAUGUCAAUAUUUCGUAAAUUGUUCGCGUUGUAUUUUUGGCUUAAAUGUUGUUAUUUUUGUAGACUUUAUAUAAAUUCUUUAUGUUAGAUACAUCGAAAUGGUCGUUACAUUUACAUUAUGUUCCUUUAGAUAAAACGAACAUAUUACUUUUUACCGUCUUAUACAUUGCUAUUAAAAAUAUGGUUAAGAAAUCGUC